UAAAAAAAAAAAAAAUCCACUUGCUAGAAUUGCAUAUAUAUUAACAUCUCUUAUUAGUAUAGUACUUUGCAUUCUCUAAUUUCUUCUCCUUGGCAAUUGGUAUCCACCUAAAAUGUUCUUCCGACGUAUCUGUUUGCUCUUUGUUUUGAUGUUUCUAGGUCUAAGUCUCCAACUACCAAACCUGAAUUCUGAGACACUGACAUGCAAUCCAGAUGACUUGAGAGCCUUGAAUGGUUUCUCCAAUUGUUUAGUAUCAACAAUUCCAGGGUGGAACGGCACUGACUCUCCUGGUUGCUGCACUUGGACUGGUGUCACCUGUGAUAAUUCCACUGGUUUUGACAGAAGGGUAGUUGGCUUGGAACUUGGCAGCAAAAUACUUUCUGGGAAGAUUUGUGGAUCCUUGGUAGGCUUGAAUCAAUUGAGAGUUCUAAACUUCUCUCAUAAUUUCCUUCAGGGUUCACUUCCUGAUGAGUUGUUUAGUCUGCCAAACAUAGAGAUCAUAGACAUAAGCAACAAUGGUUUUGUUGGGUCCAUCAACAAAGGGAGUUUGCCUGAGAGUUUCUUCCAGCUAAAAAAUCUUAGUGAACUGAAUCUUCGGGGUAAUAGCAUAUCUGGGUCACUAAGUAAUGGAAUUGGUAACCUCUCUAACCUUGUUAAACUGGAGAUCUCCUCUAAUUUGUUCUCUGGAGUUCUUCCAGACAUUUUUAUGAGACUAGCAAGGCUUAAGCUAUUCUCAGCCAGGUCAAAUUUAUUCUCUGGUCAUUUGCCUACUUCUUUGGUAAACUCCCCAUCACUUCAAAUGUUAUAUUUGAACAACAACUCUCUAAGUGGUCCAAUCAACCUCAACUGUUCUGCAAUGAAAAAUCUUGUCUCCUUAGGUCUUGGUUCGAAUCUGUUCCACAGCCCAAUUCCUGAUAGUCUUUUCUCCUGCAGAGGAUUGAAAGCACUGGAUCUUGCGCGCAACAACCUUGGCGGUGAACUCCCUAAUAACUUCAAGAAUUUGAAGUCUCUAACACAGCUCUCACUGUCAAACACUAGCCUUAGUAAUAUAUUAUCAGCUCUUACGAUUCUACAACAUUGUAGCAAUUUAAGUAUGUUGGUACUUUCAAUGAAUUUUCAUGAUGAACAAAUGCCGAAUGAUGAGAAUCUGCAUUUCGAAAACCUCAACAGUCUACUUCUUUCCAAUUGUCAACUCAGAGGUCCAAUCCCGCAAUGGUUGAGUCGUUGCCACAAGUUGCAGUUUUUGGAAUUGUCUUGGAAUCAUUUGGGUGGAAACAUACCAUCAUGGGUUGGAAAGUUUGACUCUCUCUUUUACUUGGAUUUGUCAAAUAACUCUCUCAAAGGUGAAAUUCCAAAGAGUUUGACUGAACUUCAGAGCCUAAUAAGUGGGAAGGUCACAAUAGAAGGGCCUAUCUCAGCCUUUGAAUUUUACACUCGACAAGGUGGAAGUGUUUUGAUUUAUAGGCAACUUUCUAGUUUUCGACCAACUAUAGACCUGAGUUGCAACAUUCUCCAUGGCCCAAUCUGGCCAGGUUUUGGGAAUUUGAAAAGGCUCCAUGUUUUGAAUCUUAAUGAGAAUAAAUUUUCUGGCCCUAUUCCAAAUAAUUUAUCAUGCAUGACAGACUUGGAAAAACUUGAUUUGUCUCACAAUAAACUAUCAGGAGAGAUACCUUAUUCCUUGAUAAAUCUUUGCUUUCUUUCAAAUUUCAACAUAUCCUAUAAUCAGCUGUGGGGGGAAAUUCCUCAAGGAGGCCAGUUCGAUACUUUUCCAAACACGAGCUUUGAGGGAAACAAUGGUCUUCAUUAUGCACAGUGUGCUUGCCAGUCUGAACAAAUUCCCGUCCUUUCUAUAACGGAGAGAAAAAGGACAAUCAUUGGUCUACCAUUUAAAAUUGGAGCUGCAACAGGUUUUGUUCUUACUGUCAUAUGUUGCUUCAUGUCCGGAUUGGCACUGCCAAAGCCGCACAAAAGGAAGUACAUAAGAUUUGUUACCUCUUAAGUGACAGUGAGACCAGAUUUCCUUGUGUUCAUAUGGAAAUUGGAUGGGUACAGUAAUAUUUCUUUUUUAAUCAUACAGUUAUAUGUAGCUUCAAUUGUGGCUGGAGCUUUAAUUGUACUCUUUUGUUUAAUCAUACAGUUAUAUGUUUUCUUAUUUUC